UCAAUGUGUUCUGCAGCGCUUCCAACAUGCUUGCGGCUCUGGCGCUGAAGCGCUGGCAGCGCUGCGCCAUUGCGCCGCGCUUGUCGCGCAGGCGCGUGACGCCGACGCCGCUCGCCUCAACAGAGAGAUCGAACGCAAUCGAGUAUUAGAAGAGGCUUUAGCGGCCCUCGCGCGGACACACCAUGCCUUGGAAAUGUCCGUGGCUGAAGAACUCACCAAGAGCAAAAGGAAGAAAAAGUCAUCUAUGGCGCAGAAUGACUCCAAAGAAAACUUCUUCGACGUAUUUGAAGGGUCGGACUCGGACGACGACACGCUGGUGACGGCAGGGCUGUCGAGCCCGCUGGGCGCGCUGAGCCCGUGGGGCAGCAGCCCUGACCUCACGCGCCGCACGCCCGUCGGCAGCCCGGCCGGUACGUCACAGCGGGACUGUUCCCACCUCUCGCUCCCACCUAAAGCCCCGUCCGAGCUACCCAUCCUUAUCGCUCGCUCCGACGACGACACGUCAGUGACGGCGGGCCUGACUCUAAGCGGCCCCAACCCCCCAAACAUCAACUGCGUGGACGCGCAAGGCAACUCGUGCCUGCACUGCGCCGCGUAUAGAGGCCAUACGCGACUCGCCGUGCUCUUGCUGCAGAAUGGCGUCGAUACCACGCUCAGGAACAACUGCGGCCAGUUAGCCAUAGAGAUAUCCAAAGACAACGACGUGCGGGAAGUUCUCAACGUGAGGCCGGUGCAGAGGUUGCAGCGCACAGCAGCCCGGUUUGAGGGCCCGCUGCUCAAGCGAUCACGGUUCCUCGGUUGGCGACCGGUCUGGGCGGUUCUCCAACGCGGAGUGCUCCUCUACUACGGUUCCCGAGCCGAAGGCGCCAGGGAAGGCGGUCGCUGCCGAAGCCGCAGCUACUUAGACGGAGCCAAGCUGACCGCGCCGGAUACCGAACCCGCGCUCAUCGUGAUCAGCCUCAGCGACGGAGACACGCACCGCCUCGCCGUGCAGGGGGAAAACAUCACUGCUGCUAGACAGUCAUGGAUAACGGCAUUCAACGAGCACAUCGCGUAUUCAGGCCACUACCUGUGGGCCGGCGCCUCGCCCGACGCGGCCCGUGAGGCCACGGAAGAUCUGGAAGAUGAGUGCAAACCUUUAGGCUCAAUGCAAGACGCGCUGACCGCAGCGACCAAUAGCCUGGCCUUGCUGGAAACGCAACUGCGGGAGUGUUCCGCCAUUUUGACGGCACUGGACAAGAGCGUGUCGGUCGGAAAUUCGCUGCACCACUCAGCGUAUAUGCGCUUCCAACAUGCUUGCGGUUCCGGCGCUGAAGCGCUGGCAGCGCUGCGCCAUUGCGCCGCACUAGUUGCACAGGCGCGUGACGCCGACGCCGCUCGUCUCAACAGGGAGAUUGAACGCAACCGAGUAUUAGAAGAGGCUUUAGCGGCCCUCGCGCGGACACACCAUGCCUUAGAAAUGUCUGUGGCUGAAGAACUCACCAAGAGCAAAAGGAAGAAAAAGUCAUCUAUGGCACAGAAUGACUCCAAAGAAAACUUCUUCGACGUAUUUGAAGGUUCCGACUCGGACGACGACACGCUGGUGACGGCGGGGCUGUCGAGCCCGCUGGGCGCGCUCAGCCCGUGGGGCAGCAGCCCUGACCUCACGCGCCACACGCCCGUCGGCAGCCCGGCCGGUGACGUAACCCCAACUAACGAGGCCCGCGGCUUCCCUCGUCGAGCGUCGGUGUCAUCGGGCUCCCCGCAGUCGCUGCAUACAGCCGUGAGCCCGGCCAGCUCGCGCGGCACGCUGGUGUCGCAGGGCGGACACGUGUACCGCAACGCGCGGCCCUACAGCAAGGCCGCCAAGCUCAGUUCUCAGUGGUCACUUUAGGCGAUUGUAUAGGGUCAGUAUGGGUUCGCCAAAUUAUGCACAAUUUCUGCACAAUAUACGAAAUACAUAAAGUUU